AUGUCUGACGAAGAUCUCGAGCAAAUCAGGCGUGCGCGCCUACAACAGCUGCAACAGCAAGGUGGGGGAGGCGGCGGCGGCGGCGAAGGUUCAGAGCAAGAAUCAAGACAGCAAAGAGAAAACGAACAGCGCAAUUCCAUCCUCUCCCAAAUCCUCACACCCGAUGCCGCCGAUCGCCUGGGCAGAAUACGCCUCGUCAAGGAAUCGCGCGCAACCGACAUCGAGAACCGCCUCAUUAUGCUUGCGCGCACGGGGCAGAUCAGGCAAAAGGUCAGCGAAGACCAGUUGAAGGAGAUUCUGGGAGCGGUCGCAGAGCAGAAUGAGAAGGAGGAGCAGAAGAUCGUUGUCAAUCGCAGAGGAGGCAAUUGGGAUGACGAUGAUGAGUUGGAGGAGCUCAUGAAGGACGUUUGA